AUGCACAUCAAGGGAUAACGGCUAUGAAGAACCUGGCACGUUCUGUUUUCUGGUACCCAGGGCUCGAUCGGGACAUUGAGAAGCUGGUCAACGCGUGUCCAACAUGCAUAGAAUGGGGCAGCAUGCCUCCUGCCCGACAACCCGUGCCUUGGCCGGACAAAGAGGAGCCAUGGUCUAGGGUCCAUGCCGAUUUUGCGGGUCCUGUGGAAGGUGCAUGCAACAGUGGCCCAUCGCUGAGCAAAGACGUCUGGUUCAAGAACUACGGAGUGGGUGACAAAUGGAAACCAGGCGCGGUAGAGUCCACCGAAGGCUCGCGAAUGGCAACGGUAAAGACUGCAGAUGGGGAGCAACAUCGCCGCCACCUCGACCAGCUAAAAACCAGGAGGACCAGCGUGGGAGAAGCGGUGGAACCCGAGGCACCCAUGCAAGUACCAACGACUAAAGGCAGCCAGAACGCAGUGGCAGACUCGCAGUCACAAGGACACGACAGCAGUCACAGUCAGGCUCAAGUAGGCACCGACAUUCGAACGCCAUCAGACGGGCCGGCCGAAGCCGAGGUUGCUACCAGCGAGCCGUAAGUGACUGGCCGGGCUGAAGUGACACUGCGUAGGUCGAAGCGGAAGCCCCAGCCCCCGGACCGCUUCACUCCUUAAGGGGGAAGAAUUGUUGUGAAUCAGCAUGCGCCGCUGACACGUGUUUGUUUUGUUAGAUUCACCGGCCUUGCCUCUUGUGAAUCGGCAGUGGCUGCGGCUGACGUCACAAGAUAAAGACUAUAAAAGCUACACUAAUUUUUAAUAAAGCGUUCGUUCUU